GUAUUUUAUAGCGUAAUAGAUUAGCGUAGUCUGAACGCAACUUACGGGUUGCUGCCUUGUUGCUGCGAAUACAAAAAAAACGUUUGGGUAGACAACGCCUCACUCGCGGCGAGCGAGAGGUCUUAUUUUGAAUCAGUUCGGUUGGAACACAGCCAAAGUAAACACGUCACUAUGCCGCAAUGCGUAUUCAAAACUUGCAAAAAUAACUACCGAAAAACUAAUACAGCGGUCGGAGUAUCUUACUUUCGCUUUCCUAGCAGCCCAUUGAAGUGUGCAAAAUGGGCCUCGAUUGUCGCCAAAGAAAGAGGAGAAGAAUUUUAUGAGCCAGCGAAGAACUCAGUAAUAUGUUCGGAGCACUUUCAUGAAUUGGAUAUGAUCGGACACGCCUCUCGCCGUCGAUUGAUUGGAUCAGCAGUUCCAAAAUUACCGCCUCUAACGGAGACUUCUAGUUUGGUCAUCACCUCAAAAGUUACCAACAACCAAGAGCAAGUACAGCCUGUUUAUGUUUUAACUUCUCCUAUUGCAUCGUUAGCAGAUUUAAUAUCAGUACCGGAAACGCCUACAAAGAGAUUUCUAGACAAACAGUUACUUAUUGCUCGCAAAAUAGUAGAUAGAAAAUCUAAAAAAAUACAGACAUUACAGAAAGCAAAUAAGACUUUGGUAAAGAAAGUCGAUUAUAUGAAAACCAUAAUUAAAUUGUUGAAAAUUAAAUACAAAAAUACACGGCAAGAUCUACUAAGUUUUCUCAAAAAACGACCGAAUUGUAAGUGUUAAAGUUGCGAGCAGGCUAAAAACAAUAUGUUAAUUAUUUAAAAAAAUGUUGUGAAAAUAAAAUAUUUGAAUAAAAUUUUUGACGAUUUUCAAAAAAUCCUCCA